AUGGGUCCGACCGGCCUGCUGGGCCUCCUCCUCCUGCUGCACUGGCCUCAGAUAUAUGCAAGCAAAGGAAUUUUGCGCUCAGUUGUCAUUGGGGAUCCUGCAACCGCAAAGGAUUACUGUGUUACAUACAAUUCAACAUGGACAACACUUCCACCAACCUAUACAAAUGCUAGCUUUUACAGGUUGUUAAACUUGAGCUCCGUGUGGCUGUGCAGCCCUUCAGAUGUUCCCAGUGCAGGAUUUCAGGACAUGGCAGUCGUUGUGAUGGAUGGAAACUGCUCUAUGAUGGAUAAAGCUAUUCUGGCUCAGAAAAACAAUGCUAAAAUGCUGCUUCUUGCUACUAAAGAAGGUCUGCCUGCUCCACAGGACAGCAAAAGCAGCCUCUUGACAAUACAGAUUGCAUAUGUAAAAUAUGGAGAUGUCCUAAACAUGGCACAGGUGGUUGGAAAGGAUAUUGCUGUGGGUAUGUACUCCCCUUCACUCACACAGUUUGAUUUCAGCCUGAUGGUUAUUUUCCUUAUCUCUGUGUUCACUGUGGCAUUGGGUGGUUACUGGAGUGGACUGUCUGAGAUGGAAGACUUAAGACCCUCUCCAAGUGAAGAUGAAUGUGAAGGAAGGAAAAAGAAAGAUGAAAAUGUGACAUUUACACCUUUCACUGUUAUUCUGUUUGUUGUCAUUUGUUGCGUCAUGCUGCUUCUCCUGUACUUCUUCUACAAAUGGCUAGUGUAUGUUAUCAUUUGUGUGUUUUGCCUGGCAUCUGCAAUGAGUUUGUUCAACUGCCUUUCUGCGUUGAUCCGGAAUAUCCCAUAUGGAAGAUGCAGAGUUUCAUGCUUCAAUAAAAGUGCUGAAGUGAGGCUCCUUUUCUUGGCUGCCUUCUGCAUAGCUGUGUCGGUGACCUGGGCAGUGUUCCGAAAUGAAGAUAGAUGGAUAUGGAUAUUGCAAGAUAUUUUGGGAAUUGCAUUCUGCCUCAACUUUAUAAAGACUCUGCGAAUGCCAAAUUUCAAGGCCUGUGUGAUCCUACUUGGACUCCUUCUUCUAUAUGAUGUGUUUUUUGUGUUUAUAACUCCAUUCAUCACAAAAGAAUGGUGAGAGCAUCAUGGUUGAAGUUGCAGCUGGGCCCUCGGAAAAAGCAGAAAAGUUACCUGUAGUCAUUAGGGUACCUAGGCUUCAGUACUGUGCUCUGACUUUGUGUGAGAUACCUAUGUCCUUGUUGGGCUUUGGAGAUAUAAUUGUGCCUGGUCUUUUGGUUGCUUAUUGCAAAAGAUUUGAUGUUAGAUCAGCCACUUCAAGUAUUUAUUAUAUAUCCUGCACCAUCGCUUAUGCUGUGGGGAUGGUCUUGACAUUCAUCAUUUUAAUGGUGAUGAAGAUGGGCCAGCCAGCUCUCCUGUAUCUGGUGCCAUGUACCCUUCUGACUAGUUCUGUUAUUGCCUGGAGAAGAAAGGAAAUGAAGAAGUUCUGGAAUGGAGGAAGUUAUGAGAUAAUGGAGCAAACAGACAAUGCUGUUAAUGAAGAAAAUAUUACAGGAGAAGCACAAGAAGAGCAGUGA